AUAAGAAGACACUCUGAAUUCUGAGUUACUGUACGUGGGCUUCCAUCAUCUGCCCCAUGGCAACAUUUGUAUAUGGAUCAUUUGCGGAGAGCUGGUGAUGUCUGCUUUAUAUUGCUGAGGUCACUCGAGACAGGUUCUGAGUCUUCCUCCUUUGUCCAUUUCAAAUUCUCCCCAUCCUUAAGUUAUGUUGCAGUCUUACACAACAAUGGUCAAAUCGUAUUCUGGAGAUUGAAUUGGCGUUUGUUUCAGGAUGCCAGAGCGACGACCACAAAUCUAUGAUACUGUUAAUCUUCUGGAGAGUGUUGGGGUUUUAAUAAGAGGAGCCAAGAAUCAGUAUACCUACUGCUGGUCAGAGAUGGAUUGAAGAAUGAAGAAGAAGACUCGUACUGCUUAAGUCCCCAAGCUUUGUGAAGUAUUUGGGGCCUCCUAUUCUAACUGAGCCUGCGGAAGGUCAAGAACCAUCUGUGGCCUAACGUUGAUGCUCAUAGCGGAGUGCUGCCGAACUAUUAUCGUUUAACCGAAAACAAGAUACAAAUACUACACUACUUUUUGGCUGUCUCAAGGAGUCUCUUCAUCUGCUCACAUAUACUACACUGCUUUUUGGCUGUCUCAAGGAGUCUCUUCAUCUGCUCACAGAUAUAGAACCGGGCUCUUCGAUUGCCACAAGAGCGGCCAAAGAGUGUAAACAUGGAGAGGUUACAUGUCCUCCAAAAGGAUUAUCCGGUUCUUUGGUGUGGGUUUUAUGGGUCUUUGGCAACUUCUCGUCCUACGCGUGGGGAAUCACAGGUGAUGGUUAUUCAGCUUUUGCUUUUUCUCAGGUCCUCAAGCUUUAUGAAGUGGUUGGUGCCUCCUAUUCUAACUGAGCCUGGAAAGGUCAAGAACCACCCGUGGCCUAACGUUGAUGCUCAUAGCGGAGUGUUGCUGAACUAUUAUCGUCUUACCGAAAGCAAGAUAAUUGUUAAAUCCAACCUGUUUUUCGUCAGAUCAGUGCUUCAGGUUUUGGUUUUACAGAACCUUGUGUCGACAUGGGCUACUAUAACAAUGUCUUUGAUGAAUGCAACGACCAAACUGAUAUCGGUGGAGAUCUACGCGAUGGAUAGGGAAGUCAUUCUCCAAUGUUGGUCUCGCGUGUUCUCUUCUGCGACUGCAACGAUGACGACGACGACUCUCUUGAAGUCUUUGCCGCCGUGGAGUCUGGUUGCUUUGUCAUUAUGUUGUCAAAGGAUCACAACAACAAGCAGCAAUAUGGACUGGCCUCAAGGAUUGUCAAAUUUGCUCAGAUACUACCAGAGAAAGGCAUCACUGGACCAUUUGUGGUUUCAGGAUGCUUGCCAUGAUCUCACUUUGAUCAUUUUGAUGGUUGUUGCAGUAGCGUCUUUAGCACUUGGGAUAAAAAACAGAGGGUAUCAAAGAAGGAUGGUAUGAUGGAGGAAGCAUUGCAUUUGUAGUGAUUGUUUUGGUUGUUGUCAGUUGUCACGGCUGUCAGUGAUUACAAAUAGCCUCUCCAGCCUCAGAACGUGAAUGAUUAAAAGUGGAACAUACAUCUAUAGGUGACAAGAGGUGGAAGAUGAGUGGAAAUUCUAUUUAUGAUAUUUUGGUGCGUGAUGUCAUACCUCUCAGCAUUUGAAAUCAGGUUCCGACGGAUGGAGUGCUACCUUGAUGAGUCUAGCAUGACUGGAGAGAGCAAAAUCGUAUGUUUUCUUGUUUCCGAUCACAGUGAAAUUGUUGGCUAAAUCACUUCGAUUGUUGUUGAAGGGAUAUCUCAAAACACCACUGGUAGUAUUUUUUUCUCAGAGGGCGGGCGGUAGUGGAUUAGAGUUGUCUGAUUCACCAACAGAAAAGGCCAUUCUUGGCUGGGAAAUCAAGCUGUGGAUGAAUUUUCGAGAUUCUAUGCUUCAUGCUUUUCAGUUUAACUUAGAGAAGAAGUGUGGUGGUGUUGCUAUAAAAAACGGUAAAUAUCUGCUUCUACAUUGUAGAUACUAAAAUUAUUUUUGGAUGUAUGAUAGAUAAGAAAAAUCAUAAUCUCGAGAAAAAGUGAGAAAAUCCUAUCAACAAAGUGAAGACCUCAAAUACCGACUAUACUGACAUAAGGAUUAUAUAACCCAAUAUUAAUUUUGACAUUUGUAUACAUUACAUGUCGUACUUGUUUAAUAUGUGAUUUUGCGCUA